AGCAGUAAGGUCUCUUUCCAAGUUCCAGCAUCAUUCUCAGCACACUGACAACAUGCUGGGGACCCUCUGUACUCUCAUCACUGCUCUGACAUGUGUGAGUGGUGUGACGGUGGUGACACAGAAGCCUCCUGUUGUGACGGUGACAAAAGGAGAGACAGCCACCAUGGACUGUAAUCUGGGAACUGUUACUGACAAAGCUAUAUGGUGGUAUAAACAGAUUCCAGGAGGAGUUCCUCUGUACAUGCUGAGGUUUCAUCAUAGCUACAGUUCACCUAAAUAUGACACUGGGUUUCCCUCUGCAAGACACACAUGUACUCAUCAGUCAACAACAGAUUAUCGUUUGAUCAUCAACAAAGUGGAGGAGGGAGACUCUGCAGUCUAUUACUGUAAAACAUGGGACAGCUCUGCUAAAGAGUACGUAUUCGGACCAGGAACCAAGCUGAUUGUUACAAGCUCCAGCCUCCCUCCUCCUGUCCUCACAGUCUUCCCUCCGUCCAGAGCUGAGCUCCAGUCCGACCAAGUCACUCUGGUCUGUCUGUCCAGUCAGGCUGGACCUUUUGCAGAUGUGAGCUGGUUGUCUGCUGGGAGUCCAGUGAGCAGUGGGAUCUCUACCAGCACCGCCGUUCAGACACCAGACCAGACUUUCCAGAUCAGCAGCUCUCUGACCAUCCAGACAUCAGACUGGAACAUGGAUCAACUUUACACAUGUAAAGUGUCUUUGGGCUCCCAGACUUCAGAGAAAACCAUCAACAAGUCACAAUGUCCUGCUGAAGGAUAACAGAGGACCAGAAACAUCAUUUAACUUCUGCUUCUUUGCUCUUAAUGCUGUUUCUUGAUGAUUAGUUUUUUUCCUUGUAAAAGAGAUAUUUAAUCUUAAUGCAACUUCCUAAAAAGAAAAAAAAAUGUUUUAGAUUUAGAAACUGCUUGAAGUCAGACUGCUUGUUUCAAUUCUGCAUAUUUCACUUGAUUUUCA